AUGCGUUGCUGUAAUUUACAUAAUCGUGCGCCUCGGUCCGAACCGAUAACUAAACUAAUAGCCAUAUGUCACAAAGAAAAUUCGGUUUCUUUUGAUAAAUGUCAAAUUCCAAUCAGCAUCAAUGACAAUCUAAUUAUGAAACUUCAAUUUGAUGAUUCGUGCAUAAGAGAUAUGGAUCAAAAGGUGAACAAACAAAGCAAAACUUAUGAUACAUUUAUUAACGCGUAUAAAAAAUUUAAUGUUGACGAAUUACAAGAUAUACUCUCCACGUCCGUUAGCCAAAUAAAAGACUAUGUUCUCCUUUGUGUGCCAUGCAUUGGAUGUCGAACAAGUAUUGAUAGUUUUAUUAAAACAUUAAUUGAUUAUCGUCAUCAAGCACUUGAACCUCUUAUAAUCAAUGAAAAAGGUUCAUUCGCAAUGAAAUCAUGUUACAUUUCAUAUCCAGAUUAUAUUUAUACUUUAUUUUAUAUUCAUGCAUCUAAAUUAAAUUCAUUUAUUGGAAGUAUUUCAAAGUCGAAAAAAAAUCGCCGUUGUAAUUUACAUUCAUUGGAUAAAACAAAAUUUAUCAUUGAUUGGGAACUUGUGUGGAAUUCAAUGGAUAAUGAAUGUCGAAAUCAAGUCACUCUUGUCAAAGCUCAUAGUUUACUUGAUACGUUAGAAACUUAUCUAUAUAAGCAUAAGUUUUGUGCAGAAUGCAAACUUAAAGUGUUAGAAGCGUAUCAUUUCUUAUUUAAUAGCCGUGAUAAUAGAUAUCGAGUUAAAAAAGGAUUUAGUCCAGCGCUAUAUGAAGGUUUACGUUCGUGCAAUAAUGAUGAACAUAUCCGUAUUCAAGCUGACAAAGAUUUUAUUAGUAAUCUAAUAUCUCGUGCUCAAUCUGAUAUUCAAGAAAGUGACCGCGAACGUCAUGCUGGAACGUUAGAAAUUGCACAAGAAGAAAUCUUAAUUUGUAUUGGAAUUAAUUUACUUGACAAAUUCGAUACGGUAUAUCGUCUAGUGAGAGCAGAAGAACAAACAUGGCAAUUAUUAUUUUACAUUACUAUUGAUUAUUUAAGAUUGAAUUUUGAAAGAUCAAUGUUCGGUAAACAAGAUUUUAAUGCAACAUUAAAUACUCUAUGUAAAGAAUUCGACGUAACAAAUGACAUGAAAACACAUAAAAAACAAAAACGACAAAAUAAAAAAAGUCGACGCCAAAUAAAAAUCAAUGAAGAAAAGGAUGUUAACAUAAUAAAUAAAAUUGAUGAUAACUCUAUUAAUGAUAAUAAAGUAGAACAAUUACCAAUUCAUCGCCGAACAAUUGGUUCUUGCUCUUGUUUAUGUCAAUCUUGCAAUGAACAAUCAGACUUCUCAUCAACGAUUCAUAGAAAUAAAUUAUCCAAAUCUCAAUCAUGUCCAUCACCAAUAUCCUCAACCAUUGAAUAUUCAUCAAGGCAUACAUCAACAAGUCAAUCAAGUUCCAAUGAAACACUUUUAUCAUCGGUGUCAACGCAAGAUUGUGUUAGUCAAGAAAUAAAUUUAGAUAAAGAGCCAAUAUCGAUUGGUGAUGAAUGUCCAAUUUCACCUUCUAUAUUCAAUAUUCGCUGUUCAAAUGCACGACCUGAUCUAGGUUAUUCUUCAGAGCAAGAUGAUAUAUGUUCAUCGGCGAUAUGUGAUGCCUGUUUAGCUGAUGUGCUACAUUGUUGUCCAUUACACAGAGUAGAUGAAAACAGUACUGAAAAAUUGAGUUUAACUAAUGGUAUCAAUAGUAAUCAUUGUUGUGUUAAUAAAACAGUACCAGAUUGUACAAAAACCAUUGAAUUAUGUGAUAUUACUCGAAAACAUAAACUUAAGUUACAAUUAUGUGAUCAGUAUCCUUUCUUUAAUAUGGAUCUCAAACAAACUUGGGACGAAACAAUUCCAGCAAGUAUUGAAAAUUCUACAUUUAUAUCGGAUGAUGAUUUUCAACAAUUUUUACUGUGCAAUAAUCGACUUGAAAUGAGACGAGCUCAAUUACGAGAAGAUUUUAAGUUAAAAUUCCAAAUUUGGCAACAACAAACAAUCUUAAACUUCUCAUUUAAAAAUUGGUGCAAAUAA